GUGGUUUCUUUCUUGGUCCAUAUCAUAAUAUUCGCAACAGCAUAGAGGAGUGACAUCAGACAUCACGUUUUCAAUCGAUUUGUUCGAUAAAAUUCUUCAUUUGAAAAGACUAAAGGAUGCUGUUAACCUCAAUAAUCAAAACAUCAAAACAAACAAAAAAAGGGUGGAUAGGGAAAAACAAGUGAGUGGGUAUAACGCGACAUCUACUGAUGGUAUAUCGAAGCACCAAGUUUGUCAUGUGAAGUGCUGGAAUUGUGAUGUCUGACCAAUCUAGUUCAUCACAUUACCACAGCACAUUCCACAUAUUUUGUGUUCCACAUUAUGAUACAUGUUGAUUGAGGUUAUGUAAACGUAAUUAAACAGAGUUUAAAUUUUUUUAUUGUUCGAAUUAGUAGCUGUUAGGAGCCGGAAUAUUUACGUAUAAUGAUUCUAUUUUAUUCAACUGCGACUAGUUAACUAUGGUGAGAAUUAAAAACAGAUACUUGGUGUUACAAAUCACUGAGCUAGGCAAGGAUGAGGCAACUUCAAAGCUACAACUACGUGCCCAUUCUCUCUAUGAAACCAUAAUUUCCAAAUUACAGCAGUUGCAUGGAGAUUUUGGAGUAGCUACUUGUAGAGGAGGCCUAACAGCAAAAUACUGCAAUGAAGAUACGAGGAUAGCCGUUGUGCGCGCGAGACAUGGGCCUCAUAAGCUGGUAGCCAGUUGUAUUCCUUUCAUAAGAUUGAUUGAUGGAAAAGGAGUGACUGUUAAUAUUCUGUAUGUUGGUGCAACAAUACGACAGUGUUUCAAGUUCUUGAAGAAUUACCAACAGAAGAAGUUCAAUGAGUAUUAUAUGUCUUUGAAGAGUGAGGAAGAAAAGAAAGCAUUGAGACAGUCGGUGUUGAAUUUUGAAACUGUUCUAGAGAAACUCUAAUAAAUGGGUAAAAUUCUAUCGAAUGUAAAUUCCGCGUUUUGUGGUGUAAAUAAAUUAUUUGGUUAAUCCCAUCACUAUUCUUCUGACCAUCUAUAGUUUAUAUUUGAAUCACUAGAUGUCGUGAAAUAGAUCUAUCUUCACCAAAUGACGCCAUCUUGCAGCUGCCAAACUGACACGUCUACACGUGCAUUUGACAGUUAUGCUUUGACAUUCCUCAGGCUGUGGAUAACCUUAAACCUUAGUGUUGAAAAGAUGAUUUUUCGGAGAAAAACUACUAUUUCUUCAUAUCGCUGCAGUCAAAAAAAAUCGACAUGAAGGUGGUUUACCAAAAUAUAGGCAAAGAUGGGGAUGGGAGUGUGGCUCUUAUCCCUGAGGAACCAGAAGACAUGUGGCAUGCAUACAACCUCAUCUCUGAAGGGGAUUCUGUUAGGGCUACAACCAUUAGAAAGGUGCAAACAGAAUCUUCGACAGGUUCAUCUACAUCAAACAGAAUUAGAACCACCUUGACAAUCAGUGUGGAGAACAUUGAUUUUGAUACUCAAGCAUGCAUGCUCAGGCUCAAGGGAAGGAAUAUUGAAGAAAACCAGUAUGUCAAGAUGGGUGCCUAUCACACCCUGGAUCUAGAGCUAAACAGAAAGUUCAUCUUGCGGAAACAAGAAUGGGACUCUGUAAGUCUAGAACGUAUUGAGCAGGCUAGUGAUCCAGCAAAAAGUGCUGAUGUAGCUGCAGUUGUUAUGCAAGAGGGACUUGCAUAUGUUUGUCUUAUCACCUCUAGCAUGACUAUAGUUCGAGCCAAAAUAGAUGUUUUGAUACCUAGAAAGAGGAAAGGUUGUGUUCAGCAACAUGAAAAGGCGCUGUUGAAAUUCUAUGACCAAGUGAUGCAAGCAAUCUUAAGGCAUGUCAAUUUUGACAUAGUGAAAUGUGUUCUCAUAGCAUCACCAGGCUUCGUCAGGGACCAGUUUUAUGAUUACAUGUUUCAAACUGCCAUCAAAACUGAUAACAAACUGCUGUUAGAUAACAAGUCCAAAUUUAUGCUCGUACAUUCGUCUUCCGGUUUCAAGCAUUCUCUCAAAGAGGUUCUACAGGAUCCUAGUGUGAUGAACAAGAUCUCAGACACUAAAGCUGCUAGUGAAGUGAAGAUCAUGGAGACCUUCUACACGAUGCUACAGUGUGAACCUGCCAAAGCUUUUUAUGGCAAAAAACAUGUACUCAAAGCCAAUGAAGCACAAGCUGUUGAGACACUGAUGAUUUCUGAUAAGUUAUUCAGGUGCACAGAUGUAAGUGAACGUAAGGAAUAUGUAAGAUUGGUCGACUCUGUAAAGGAAAAUGGCGGUGAUGUGAAGAUAUUUUCUAGUCUUCAUGUGUCUGGAGAACAACUGGACCAGUUGACAGGAAUAGCCGCCAUUUUGCGAUUUCCGAUGCCCGAGCUCGAAGAUAGCGACGACAGCGACGAAGAGAAAGAAACAGAAGAUACUAAUAAGUGAUCUUUUCAGCUAAUCUGACCUGCUUUCUAGUGCUUUGUGGCGCUUCCAAACUACUCUAGCAAAUGUGCAUGGAAACGCAAUCGAUCUUUGAUAUGGGGGUGGGGUGACACACUUAUUAAAUGAGUAGUUGAUAUGUUGGAUUGGUAUAAACAGGAAUUGAGCUCUACAAUUGGUUAACUUAUUCUACCUGAAGAUACAAAAUUCAGUUGGCAGACAUGCCUACGCGAAUAUAAGUAUAUGUACAGUAAAGCUAUAUACGAGUUUUUGUCGACAAUCGUCUUUAGGUGUCAGCUCUCGUAGUGUUGCUGCAGUUUAUGGGGACAUUCUGAGGAUACAAAAUUUGGAAAUAAUUACGGGGGAGGUUGAGGAAUAAUCUUUCCUUAGAAGAUUGAUGCCUUGCACAAAUAACAUAAACAAUAAACAAUUUUCCUCACAAGGAAAAUGAGGUCUUUAAUGCUCGAAGGAUACGGGAAAUACUGCAAUCCUAUUUGGCAACGUUGUCUGUAUGUGUACGCCCGAACACAGCAUAUGGUUGGACAUCUUGGAGAAUACGUUAAUCAAUGGUUACUCCGAGGAACUCCUGAAUCACUGGAUGGCAGAUCUCAUGCGUUGAACCAUUAAUAAUUGGCGACUGUAUGAGGAAAGGGGUACAUGUUACAAAUGUUGAAGCCGAGAUAAGAGGUCGAAAAUAUGUUAUUUGUGAAGUUUGCGAAACUUAAAAUGUACAGUAAUCUAAACGCUAAAAGGUAUGUUUAUAUGUUUAUUAUAACCAAAUACUACAUUUUUUGUGAAAAAAUAUUGUACUACAAAACAUAUAAAAGAAAAAAAAUUACUUAUACCACUUUUCACAAAAGAUUUUCAUUGACAAUGCAGUAGCAGUGUUUCACUCAUUAUCAGAAGAUGAUUCGGAUGUAUCCGGCAAAGUAUUUCUUGCGUCCUCGGUGGUUACUAAGUUUUCAUAAAACUUGUGGAAGGUUAUAUUGACGUACGGAAGCAGCUCCCUCAAAUUUUGUUUUUUCAACAUACUUAUGGGAUUGGGUCCUGUAUAGGAGGCAGGUAAAUUUAUCUUAUUUGGCCAAACCUACCCUUUCUCAUAAAAUUUAUUAUCUGGAAUGGUUCUUCCUUGCUCAAGCUUUUCUUAUACAUGACUUGUCCAGGUGUCUUUGUAUACCUGAGCCAUUUUAUUUCACUCCAGACUACUUUUUCUCCAUUUGUGUUCACUCUUCUUUGCUGGAAUACACCUUUUAAGAGAGCCGAAAACUCCAAAAAAUCACUCGUACUCAUUUCUGAGACUGAAUGGUUUUUUAGUGCCACACAGCCUGACAAAGUUCAUCCAGUCUCUUGGAUGUUCUAUCGGACAAGGAUAAUGCUUCUUCUUUUCAAUAAUAGAAUGAUCAGUGUCACAUUCCUUAUGCGUGUGUCCAAGAAUCAGGAAUUUGUGAUCAAUUUCUUCAAUGUUAGGUUUUUCUUUCAGAGCCAGCAUAAACAUGACGGAUAGAUAACAGUUUUUGUUUUGGCCGGCACAUGUGUCUGAGUAAAAUGUCAGACUUUUUACUGUGUCAGGGGGAUCUCUUUAAUGUGUUUAAACAAGCGAGAGGCGAUCUGAUUCCCUCCUCUUGCUGCUAAACCCUCGUGCCACAUAAAACAAAAGGCUUGCGGAUCAUUGCACCUGUGGAGGGUAAGAUUAUAUGUCCACAAUUGCCUUUUGUAAAAGGCGAUCGAUGUCUGAAUAUCAGGAGUAGGUAGGCACUGUUGCAAGUCAAAGGCGUAGACGUCUUUUGAUGGAUCGCGAGAUGCAAUCUCCUUGUCAUUACGUUUCGCUGCAAUUGCGGCUUCUGAUUCUUCAUGAUGUUUCGCUAAUUGAGCUUCUAGAUCUUUCUGCUUAUCACUAUCGGAAGCAAUGUUCAUGCACAUCUUCAACUUGUCACAUUUUGCACAUGUGUCUUUUUAGGCAUCUUUAUUUUGACAUUCAUAGAGUGAAAUACUCUUUGAUAAAUAAACCGGGAUACUGGUUUUUCGCUGGAGGGCAGCCAUUUAAGGUAUUCCUCGUAUAGCCGAGCUAGUGUAUAAUGAUGUGGCAAAUAUCUUACAGAUGACUGUUUUCUGCUAUAAUGACUUUCGUAGGAUGGAACUGCCUGGAUAUGUUGCUUGACGCGAUCUAAACUGCCAUCAGGAGUCUUAUUUGCUGGAUCAGACAGACCGCGUUUAUAAUCAUGACAUAUUCCUGACUCAGAGCCGCCUUUGUUUUUCAAAACAUUGCUUACGAAUCUGUUAGUUUCGUCGAAAGUCAUCAGAAAACAUGCCUUACAUACUUUCACACGGUCGCUAGCUAUAGGCAGAUGAAAAGUAAGCAUGACAAGCCUAUUUUUCUGUUUGUUUGUAUUCUCUAGCUUUCGUUUUGUGCAUUUUUUAGCUGCUGUUGUUGUUAGGCCAGCAAUGAAUGACGCUCGUUUAUAGAAAUUACUCACAUUCCAAUAAUCUCGAAAAAGAGAGUGCCUUCUUUCUUUGUCUAUCCUUUUUCCACAUUAAAGCUUACAAUUUCCUAAGUCCCUAAAUCUUCUUGCCUGUACUGUUUCUCCAUUUUUAGUUGUGUACUCUAAACCUAAGUUUCGUUUCUCUUUCCUUUCCUUUCUUACUAAUCUGGUUUCAUUCUUGAUAGACGUUUUUUGCUUUCUCACUUUUAAAGAAUGUGCAUCGGGAUUUCUUUCUUCUGAUGUGUCAUUUUUCUUACUGCUUGUACUGCUUUUCUUUUUCUCCAAGUUUGCACCCCUUUUCUUACGUUUACGCUUUGGCUCAUAAUGUUCUUUCUCUUUUACGGUUGAACACGCUGAGGAGCCUUCUGAAUCCAAAUCCUCAUCUUCAGGAACAUACUCCUUAUCGAGAUCGCUAUCAUCUUGGAAUUCUUCACCUUCAAAGCUGACGACGGAUGUAGUCUCACCAUGAGUUUCAUUUAAAGCUGGGUCUCUAUUUUCGGUCAACAUCGUGCGGUUUUCUUCUGAAGUACAUUCCAUUGCUGAAAAAUACUAAUUAUUACUGUCACGAAACUGUAAGCUCAGAUUAUACUUACCAAGGUUCAGUUGCUUUUGUUCGAUAGUUGCAUCUGAAAUUUGACACUCAUUUUGAGUCAUGGCUACGUGACUGUCAUCACAUACUAGGUCCGCUGUACUAGCAAGCAGAGCAAUGUUUUCUUCUGGGGCCGUAUUAAUUUCUACAACAAAAGCAAAAUUGAUUUAUCGAUUAUAAAAUAGCAAGUAUCAUUCUGCAACUUUCCAGGAGUAAAACUAUCUUUAUUUAAUACUAACCAACAUUGGUUAACCAGGAAAACACUUUGCUGAAACCAUCAUUUUCGCCCAGAUCCAUAGCAAGAUCUGCUUCAUUUGUUUGUACUUGGCUACUGGUCUCUGCCUGUUCAUGAUUACUGGUAUUUAUGUUAUUUGUAGGAAUCCUCAUUGAAUUCUUAGACAUAUCAAGCCCUGCAGCAGCCAUGUUUGCGUCUGUAAGAUGUGAACAGUAUUUUGAAUUGAAAAAUAAUGUACACAUUAAAUCAGAGAAAGAAAUUGGAUUAAACCAAAUUUUCUUGCACCUCCUAUGUAUUAAUAUCACACAUGGUGGGCCAGAUAGAGCGGUUCAAUUUUUGUUUAAUUUUUUUUUUGUAAAAGAGGUCACAACGACUAAUCUUGCUUGAACAACUAUACUUCUAAUGUUCGGGAGCUAGGAUUUUUUGCAUAUUAUCGAUUUUUCGAUACCAGUUAUAGUACAUUACAACUCGGAACUAGCUCUUCUAUCCUUAAGGAAUGAUAAAUUAUGGAUCCGAAAAUUUAAAAUAAUAACACAAGAUAAGUACAAACGGCAAAUAUCAUACAUUGGCGUGAUACCUACAUGACUACUUAACAUGCAUACCAAAUUUCAUACCAUUUGGCCGAACAGUUUUUAAAUUUGUGUGACCGGAAUCACGAAAAUCGAAACCAUACAGAAAAUUCUAGCUCCCGCACUAUUGAUUUUAGAGGCACGGUAUUUAAGCGACAUGAGCUUUUAUGACUUAUUUUACAAAAAAAAAUUGGACCCCUAUGAUUGGCCCACCCUGUAUACAUAAUCCCUUGUUUACAAAGCCGUCGAUGGGGUAUAAGUCGAAAAAUGGAUUUAAUUAUAUGCCUAUCUCAAAUAACUUCUACCUAAUAAAUCAACAAACAUUAUACUUCACCAGGAUUUUGUAUAAUAAUAUCGUUAAUUUUGGUAUACCCAAUUGAUUUUUAUACUUAUACCCCUUUCCUCGUACAUAAGUUGUCUCGAAUUUUCACAUAAAGCACCCAAAUAACUACUAUGAAUCACAUAGGAUGUAAAUGAUGACAAGCAAAACUUAUUUUACUCUACUUACCGUACUUUAUCUCCUCACCGGUAGCUGGACCUUUAUUUUGCUCCAGUAGGUCAAAAAUACGCUUACACCGUUGGGAAUACAUAACCUCAAAUACGGGCACGUCUCCCUUGAUACACUGCUAGAAUGUGGUCAACACGUGGCCGCGAAUAAUGUGAAAAGGGGUAUAUGUAGAAUUACUUCUUGGCGCCAAACUAUUGUGAUUUGUGGAAUGAGGUACAAGUACACUUAUUGCUCUUUUCUCGAAAAUUAUUAACCACUAUGGUUAUCAUACUUUAAGGGGCAAGGAAAAUAAUGGUACUUAUUUCUCUUUCCACAAGUAAGGCGGGACAACGAUAUGUGACAUAAGUAUAGAUAUGUCGCUUUUCACGAACUUCCAAAGGAAACAAAUUUUAAUUGCUCCGCAUAAGUGAACUUAACUCCCUCUGCACAAAAGUGUCAAGUAAAAGUUUGAAGGCAAAAUAUCACUUAUACCCAUUCGCACAUGUCGAAACAAGGUAUUUAGGAAGACCAUACAGUUAUAUCCAUUUUCACGUAACUGUGUUGAUUAGCUAUGAAGUAUUUGGUGUAUUUAUCCCAUUUUUGCCAUUUUUUUACUUAUACCACUUUCCCCAUACAGUCGCCAAUUGUGAAUUAAGAGAGGUUUUAAUAGUGUGUGGCUAUUAUGAUUGUUCAUAAUUGGAAACACAUUAAAGUGUUACGUGUACAUUUUUGUGAGGUAUAUGUGCUAAUUUAUUUAUAUAAGAUUUGAUUGAAUAAAUGGAAUUUUGUUAA